AUGCUAGGAAAUCCAAUCUCAACACUCGUUUUCCUGUUUUCGGUGCUAAAUGUUGCUUUCGCCGAUGACAGUAGUGGAAAUUUCACCAGCGCUCCCGCUAUCGAGACCAAGGGUAACAAAUUCUUCUUCUCCAACAAUGGGUCUCAGUUCUACAUCAAGGGUGUAGCGUACCAGGCUGAUACCGCCAAUUCUUCAUCUACAGAAGACACCAUAGUUGAUCCUCUGGCAGAUUAUGACACCUGUUCAAGAGAUUUGCCAUAUUUGCUGGGUGCACAAACUAACGUCGUUCGCGUAUACGCGCUGAACACUUCCCUGGAUCACAGCAAAUGUAUGGAGGCUUUCGGAAAAGCUGGGGUCUAUGUUAUAGCUGAUUUGUCUGAGCCAUCGGAGUCGAUCGACAGAGACUCUCCAGCAUGGACAUUGGAUCUUUACAAGCGUUACACAGGAGUUGUAGACGUCAUGGCCAAUUAUUCAAACGUCUUGGGUUUCUUUGCAGGCAAUGAAGUUACCAACAACAACUCCAACACCGAUGCUUCACCUUUCGUUAAAGCUGCCAUUAGAGACACUAAAAAGUACAUCAAAGAUAAGGGUUACAGGAAUAUACCUGUGGGAUACUCUUCCAACGACGAUGAAGAUACCAGAGUUCCCAUGGCGGAUUAUUUUGCUUGUGGUGACGAGGAUAUUCGCGCUGAUUUCUUCGGCAUUAACAUGUACGAGUGGUGUGGAUCGUCCACCUACAAAGAGUCUGGCUACGAAGAUAGAACUAAAGACUUCGGGAAUUUGAGCAUCCCCGCCUUUUUUUCUGAGUAUGGGUGUAAUGCAGAGACACCGAGAAAAUUCGAAGAGGUUGGCACGCUCUAUGGCGAUGAAAUGACAGAUGUAUGGUCAGGAGGCAUCGUCUACAUGUAUUUCGAAGAAGCCAACAAUUACGGACUGGUUUCUGUCGACGGAAGCAAAGUCAGCACGAUGUCCAAUUAUAACAACCUAAAGAGCCAGUUGGCCUCCGUGUCACCUUCUGCUGCCAAGAUAGAUUCCUAUAACCCCUCAUCAACUUCGCUCUCUUGCCCUGCCACCAACUCAAAUUGGAUGGCCGCCACUGCUCUUCCACCAACGCCAGAUAAGGACGUCUGUGACUGCCUGAGAAAUAGCUUAUCGUGCGUUUUAAGUGGUGAUGUAGAAGAAGAAGACUACGGUGAACUGUACAACACUUUAUGUGGAAAGCUUGAUUGCGGUGAUAUCAGCGCCGAUGGUGAGAAGGGUAGUUACGGUGCUUAUUCUUUCUGCGACAACUCCGUCAAAUUGUCUUUUUUGCUGAACAAAUACUACGAAUCCAAUGGCAAGUCGAAGUCUGCUUGCUCCUUUGAUGGCUCGGCUUCUCUGGCUUCGAGUACAAGUCUAGCCUCUUCUUGUCAGACAAAGUUGUCGUCUGCUUCGGCAAAGGCAAGUGUCAGUGGCAGUAGUACAUCAUCCAGUGCGCAAAGCUCAGAUUCUUCCAAGUCUGGAAGUGGAUCUAGUAAUAGCGCUUCAUCCGGCAGCACUAAAAAGUCUGCCGCUGGAUUGCAAAUCAAACCAAUUUCCUCGGCUGGGUUGUGUAUAAUGUCUGUUGCUGUGACAGCAGUCUCCUUGGGAAUGGCCCACAUCAUGUUUUGA